AUGGCGGGCUGGGCGCCGCUGCUGCCGCCCGCGCUGCUGCUCGCCCUGCUGGGCGCCCGGCCGUGCCCCUGCGGCACCGCCCCGGCCUCCUCCUCACAACCCGUCACCGCUCGCCUGGCGGCGAAGUGGCCGGCGACCCCGCUGCUGCUGGAGGCGAGUGAAUUUAUUGCAGAAGAUGGUAAUGAGAAGUUUUGGCAGUUCUUGGAAACGGUGCGGGAAUUAACAGUUUAUAAGCAAGGAGAUUCAGAGUACUCCUAUUACAAUUUAAUCUUGAAGAAAGCAGGACAAUUUUUAUCCAAUUUACAAAUCAAUCUGUUGAAGUUUGCACUUUCCAUACGGGCUUACUCUCCAACGGUUCAGAUGUUUCAGCAGAUUGCAGCUGAUGAACCUCCACCAGAAGGCUGCCGUGCAUUUGUGGUUAUCCAUGAGAAGCACACCUGUAAGACUAAUGAAAUAAAAAAGCUGCUGAAGAAGGCUGCUAAGAGACCCAGGCCAUAUCUUUUUAAGGUAGACCAUAAAUUCCCAACUCUCAAAGAGGAUGGCCCAGUGGUUAUUCUGUAUGCAGAAAUGGGCACAAGAGACUUUGUCAAAUUCCACAAGAUUUUAUCUGAGAAGGCACAAAAGGAGGAAAUUGUUUAUGUGCUCCGACAUUAUGUUCAGAAACCAAAUUCCAGGAAAAUGUAUUUAUCUGGAUAUGGUGUGGAACUUGCAAUAAAGAGUACAGAAUAUAAAGCAGUAGAUGACACACAGGUUAAAGGAGCAAAUGAAACAAAAGAAGAGGAAGAUGAGGAAGAGGAGGAGGAGGAAAGUGAUAUCCAAGGAUUUCUCUUUGGCAAAUUAAAACGGAUGCAUCCUGACCUGAAAAACAAUCUGAUGGAGUUUAAAAAACAUCUGAUUGAAACCACUAACAACAUGGAACCACUGAAGGUUUGGGAAAUGCAGGAUCUUAGUUUUCAAGCAGCUACUCGAAUUAUGUCUACCCCUGUUUAUGACGCCUUAAAGGUAAUGAAAGACAUUGCUCAGAACUUCCCAAUAAGAGCCAGAUCAUUGACGAGAGUACCUGUAGACAAGAAAAUGCAAAAUGAAAUAGAAGCAAAUCAGAAGCAUUUCCAUGAAACACUUGGAAUUCAACCUGGAGAAGCACGUUUAUUUCUAAAUGGCCUAAAUAUUGACUUGGAUUUUCAAGAUCCCUUUAGCAUUUUAGAGACUCUUAAACUGGAAGGAAAAGUGAUGCAUGGGCUUCAUGAACUUGGAAUCAAAGGGGAGACCCUGAGUAAAUUUAUGAGGUUGCAUGUACAUCCAACAGAUAAUAACUAUGCACUAGAUAUUCGUCACUCUUCAAUAAUAUGGAUUAAUAAUAUAGAACAAGAUCACAGCUAUAGCACAUGGCCUGAGAGCUAUCAGGAACUGCUAAAACCCUCAUUUCCUGGAUUUUUACAUGAGAUUAGACGAAAUUUAUAUAAUUUGGUACUUUUUAUUGAUCCUAUCCAAGAAGAUACUGGUGAUUAUAUGAAGCUGGCAGAAUUAUUCUAUCAUCAUGAUGUACCACUUAGAAUUGGAAUAGUUUUUAUUUUAAGUACACAAGAAGAAAUUGAUGGAAAUGAAGAUGCUGGAGUAGCUCUUUGGAGAAGUUUUAAUUACAUUGCAGAGGAAUCUGACACCUCUCAGGCCUUUAUGUCGAUAAUUAAUAUGUACCAUGAAGUGAAAGAUGGGAAUGUUCUGACAGUGGAUGAGGUGAAACAUGUUCUUAGGAGUGAGUACCCCCAUGCUGAUGUUCAGAGUAUCCUGGCUGUUCGUUCUGAAUACGAUGAAGGGAGGAAGGCAGGAGCAACCUUUUACAGGAAGAGUGGCCUGGGCCCGCUGCCUCAGGCGCUGUUUAAUGGCGUGCCCUUUCCCAGAGAGGAGAUGGAUGCGGCAGAGCUGGAGACCCUCAUUCUUCAGAGGAUUUUUGAUGCCACUGGCUUCUUCCAGCGGGCAGUGUUCAUGGGCUUGUUAGAUGAUAAUGUAAAUGCAGUGGAUUUUCUUAUGGACCAGAACAAUGUAGUUUCCCGUAUAAACCCCAGUAUUCUUGGAGCAGAAAGAAGAUACAUACAUUUCAGAUCCACUCCUGUUCCAUUUCAUGUGGAAGACUUCUCUACUUUCUCCUUUUUGGACUCACAAGAUAAAAGUGCUGUAAUUUCUGAUAAUAUGAAGUAUUUAACGAAAAAAGAUGAAGAUGCAUUGUAUGCUGUUACUCUCUGGAUUGUUGCUGAUUUUGAUAAGCCAGCUGGGAGACGACUGCUUGCUGAUGCCUUGAAAAGCCUGAAAACAAGCAGUCAUGCACGAAUUGGGAUUUUGAACAAUCCUUCAUCAAAAAUAAAGGAAGAUAACACAGCCAUUGCAAGAGGAAUUUUGGCUGCUUUUUUAACCCAAAACAACAGCAACUUAAAAAGUUUCCUAAGUAAACUCAGUAAGGAGGAGACAGCAAAAUCCCUUGCUGCUGGAACUAAAAUUGUUAAAUUCCUCAUCCCGGGAAUGGAUGGAGAUACUUUUGAGAAGAAGUACAACACUUUAGGACUGGAUUUAAUUAAAACUCAACAGAUGUUCUGCCAGGAGGUUCUGAAGCUGCUUCCUGGGCAAAUGGCUGUUAUUAGCAAUGGCAGGGUACUGGGUCCUUUAGAUGAAAAUGAAUUCCAUGCAGAAGACUUUAAUUUGUUGGAAAAGAUAACAUACAGUACCUCAGCAGAGAAGAUUAAAGCUAUUGUCAAAGAGAUGGGAAACAGUAGUAAAAGUGGCAGUGACUUGAUUAUGAAAAUAGAUGCCCUGCUGUCAUCUUUGCCUAAAACAGAGAUGAGACAAGAUGUUGAAUUACUCAAAGAACAGCACAGUGUAAUAAAAAUCGAGCCCCAAGAGAAUGACCCAUUCUAUGAUGUUGUUGCUAUUGUGGAUCCAUUGACAAGAGAAGCACAGAAGAUGACCCAUUUAUUGAUUGUACUCAAGGACAUUAUCAAUAUGAAACUCAGGUUAUUUUUGAACUGCAGAUCUAAGCUGUCUGAAGUGCCACUGAAGAGCUUCUAUCGUUUUGUUCUGGAACCAGAAUUAAAUUAUGGAAUCAAUAAGCACCUUCCUUCUGAACCUGUAGCAAAAUUCUUAGAAUUGCCAGAAUCACCUCUUUUGACCCUAAACAUGAUCACUCCCGAAAGCUGGCUGGUUGAAGCAGUAAACAGUUCCUGUGACCUUGAUAACAUUCAUUUGCAGGAAAUAAAAGGGGCAGUUAUAGCAGAAUAUGAGCUGGAAUAUAUAUUGCUUGAAGGACAUUGCUUUGAUGUGACAACUGGACAACCUCCUCGAGGGUUACAGUUCACUCUGGGCACAGAGAAGAAUCCUGUCAUGGUUGAUACUAUUGUGAUGGCCAACCUUGGGUAUUUCCAGCUGAAAGCAAAUCCAGGUGCUUGGAUGCUGAGAUUACGUAAAGGGAGAUCUGAGGAGAUUUAUCAGGUGUUUUCCCAUGAAGGAACAGAUUCUGUAGCUGACCUGGCAGACGUUAUUGUGGUAUUAAACAACUUCAGAAGCAAAAUUAUCAAAGUUCAAGUACAGAAAAAGCCUGGUAAAGUGAAUGAAGAGCUUCUUACAGAUGGAACAACAGCAAAAAAAGGAAAAGUGGAAUCAGUUGCAAGGUUUUCAGAAGAAAUUCCAACUGAUGAGAAGGAAAAGAAAAGUGAUAUUCUUAAUAUUUUUUCUGUUGCUUCAGGUCAUUUAUAUGAACGUUUUUUAAGAAUUAUGAUGCUUUCUGUCCUGCGUCAUACAAAAACACCAGUUAAAUUUUGGUUUCUGAAAAACUAUCUCUCCCCAACAUUUAAGGAUGUAAUUCCUCACAUGGCUAAAAAGUAUGGAUUCAAGUAUGAGCUGGUCCAGUAUAAGUGGCCCCGCUGGCUUUAUCAACAGACAGAAAAACAAAGAAUUAUCUGGGGCUACAAAAUUCUUUUCUUGGAUGUUCUUUUCCCUUUAGCUGUGGAUAAAAUAAUAUUUGUUGAUGCUGACCAGAUUGUGAGGAGUGACCUGAAGGAGCUCAGAGACCUCGACCUGAACGGAGCCCCCUAUGGCUACACUCCUUUCUGUGACAGCCGCAGGGAGAUGGAUGGGUACCGCUUCUGGAAAUCGGGGUACUGGGCUUCACACCUGGGCAAGAGGAAAUACCACAUCAGUGCCUUGUAUGUUGUGGACCUGAAGAAGUUCAGGAAGAUUGCAGCUGGAGACAGGCUUCGGGGCCAGUACCAGGCUCUCAGUCAAGAUCCAAACAGUCUGUCAAAUCUGGAUCAGGAUCUUCCCAAUAAUAUGAUUCAUCAAGUAGCCAUUAAGUCUCUCCCUCAGGAGUGGCUUUGGUGUGAAACCUGGUGUGAUGAUAAAUCCAAGAAAAAGGCUAAAACAAUAGACCUGUGCAACAACCCCCAAACCAAAGAACCAAAACUAAAGGCUGCUGCCCGGAUAGUUCCUGAAUGGGUUGAUUAUGACUCUGAGAUCCGAAACUUGAUACAGCAAAUUGAAAGAGAGAAGAAAAAUCUAACAUCAUUAUUUCAAAAAGGGCUCAAGCACGAUGAACUUUAGCACAGCCCGUGACCAGCAAUGGUGACAGCUCCAGAGUCUUCUGGGAAGGACUGAACAGAAUUUACAAUUGUUACAUUGGCACUAUUUGCAGCAUUCUUUAAUGUGAAGUCAAGUAUUUUAUAACUUAAAGUGUUAUUUAAAACAUUUUAAAUGCAAUACAAAAAUGAGAAGUCCACAGGUACUUGGGGGUUUGGGGUUUUUUAAGUGGUAUGGAGCAGCUUUCCCAAUGGCUUUUUCUUUUCCUUCUCUAAAGUACAUUUUGCCCAGAGGACUUUGGAAUAUGAAGGAAGAUGUGUUCAGCAUUGUCAGUCCAGGGGAGGACACACACAUUAAAUAUGUACUUGAAAACUGUUUUGUGCAUAUUCCAUGCAUUAGGCUACUGUAUUUAAAUACCAUAAUUAAAUAAGAUGUCUAAUUUAGGCCACACAAAGAUAACUCCACAUGGAAGCUAAAGCAAGGAAUGACACUCUUCAUUUAUUAUGCAGGAUUGCUGCACUCUUAAGAGAUUCUUAAAACUAAUUUUUUAUUCUUAGGCUCCUUUUGGCCACCUAAAUAGUGUGUGAUAAAAUUCCAUUAUGGUUUUGGUUGAGGUGAGUCUCCAACAGCAUACAUUGUAUCAGAAGGUCAGUACCUGAAAGCUGCUUCUACUCACUUUUGAUUAUUAUCAUCCUGUUUAUAACUGAAAAGAAAAUAAUAAAAUACAUGAGUAUUUUUUGACUAUCA